AUCUGGGAGGGUUCCUCAGUUUCCUUCUGGAGUUCUCUGACAAUCCAUAGCCAUCCCAUUCCGGACUCGCUGCUACGGUCUCCUCUCCACUUCCAAUAGAAAUCACUCUAACGCCCAACCACUCUAGCCAACAUGUGUGAUGACGAGGUUGCCGCUCUGGUCGUGGACAAUGGCUCCGGAAUGUGCAAGGCCGGUUUCGCCGGAGAUGACGCCCCUCGGGCCGUGUUCCCAUCCAUCGUGGGCCGACCCCGCCAUCAGGGCGUGAUGGUGGGCAUGGGACAGAAGGACUCGUAUGUGGGCGACGAGGCCCAAUCCAAGCGAGGUAUCCUCACCUUGAAGUACCCCAUCGAGCACGGUAUCAUCACCAACUGGGAUGACAUGGAGAAGAUCUGGCAUCACACCUUCUACAACGAACUCCGUGUGGCCCCCGAGGAGCACCCCAUCCUCCUGACCGAGGCUCCCCUCAACCCCAAGGCCAACCGGGAGAAGAUGACUCAAAUCAUGUUCGAGACGUUCAACUCGCCGGCCAUGUACGUGGCCAUCCAAGCCGUGCUGUCCCUGUAUGCCUCUGGCCGAACCACCGGCAUUGUCCUCGACUCGGGCGACGGUGUGUCCCACACCGUGCCCAUCUACGAGGGUUACGCCCUGCCCCAUGCCAUCCUCCGGUUGGACUUGGCCGGUCGGGAUCUGACCGACUACCUGAUGAAGAUCCUCACUGAGCGUGGUUACUCAUUCACCACCACAGCUGAGCGAGAGAUCGUGCGCGACAUCAAGGAGAAGCUCUGCUAUGUGGCGCUGGACUUUGAGCAGGAGAUGGCCACGGCCGCCGCCUCCACCUCCCUGGAGAAGUCCUACGAGCUGCCCGAUGGCCAAGUGAUCACCAUUGGCAACGAGCGAUUCCGCUGUCCCGAGGCCCUCUUCCAACCUUCCUUCUUGGGCAUGGAGUCCUGCGGCAUCCACGAGACCGUGUACAAUUCCAUCAUGAAAUGCGACGUGGACAUCCGCAAGGACCUGUACGCCAACACCGUGCUCUCGGGCGGCACCACCAUGUACCCCGGUAUUGCUGACCGCAUGCAGAAGGAAAUCACUGCCCUGGCUCCCUCCACCAUCAAGAUCAAGAUCAUCGCUCCCCCAGAGAGGAAGUACUCGGUCUGGAUCGGGGGCUCCAUCUUGGCGUCCCUGUCCACCUUCCAGCAGAUGUGGAUCUCCAAGCAGGAGUACGACGAGUCCGGUCCCGGCAUCGUCCACAGGAAGUGCUUCUAAGCCGCUCGCCAUGCCCUCGACGAGCCUCAGAAGCACCCGCCCAUUCUCUCUAGCCCUUAAUUGAUAUAUGCUCUCUCUUUCUCUUGAUAUUCUCCCGCUUAUAUUCGCAAAAUUGAUGCACAACUCCUAAAGCCAGAAAUAAACUUGUUGAUAGGGAUAACAAAA